AUGGCAGGACUACCGUUAAAGUUAAGAGAGGAAAGAGAUGAACAAAGGAGAAUAGAUGAUUUUAAUAACUUUAAAGAUCAGAACAUAAGGAUAUCAGAUUUAAGAACAUACGACGGAACAAGGAAAGAAACAGAAUCAUGGAUUGAUGAUGUAGAACAAUGGCUAAUAGCAAAUUCACUGCCAAAAGGGAACGAACCAAAUACCAACUGUGAUGGAACACCAGCAGGAGGAAAUAUACAAAACGAAGCAGAACCAGGAAUAACAUGGCAAGCUCUAAGGUUAAGAAGAAGACCAGGAGAUAAUACUAAUGCAGGAACAAUAAGAGUCAAUGCAGUAAGAGAUGGAUACGAACUAAUAAAUGCAACAUUGAAUGUUCAGGAUUUACAAAGAAUGGCAGGAAAGAUAGGAAGGUUAAACGAAACAUUCGAUGCAGCGGUAAAUGACUGUAAGAGAUCAUCAAGGAUAAUAGAACUUAUAGCAACAAGAUUUAUAGGAGAAGCACAGAUAGCAUGGAAAUCACUACAAGGAAUCGAUAGACCAAGAACAUGGGAAGAUCACCAAUUUGAAGGAGCAGUAGCACCAUUAGGAUUAAAGUCAUGGAUUAGAAGAAAUUUCUUAUCAAGAGUAGAUACUCAAUUAAAAUAUGCGGAAUUCACAAAAAUAAAAAUGACAUAUCACUACAAAAAUAUUCAAGAAUACAAUGUCAAAUAUAAUAACCUAAAAAGACAGGCUAGACAAGAAAAUAUGGAAAGAAGGAAUGCAAUAGACCAUUACUUAAAUUCGUUACCACAUUCAAUAGAAAUAAGAGUAAGAGAAUGGAUGACAACGAAGGAAACAGAAGGAACCGAAGUACCAUUGGAAGGAGAUACAAAUUCAGUACAAGCCAAUGCAAUAGUAAUAUACUCACAAUUAGAAAGAGUUAAGGGAGAUCUGGAAACAAAAAGCCCAUAUAAAGAAAUUUUAUCAGAAGAAAUUUUGUCAGAAGAAGAAAUAGAAAUAUCUAGAGGAGGAAUUGUUUCAGCAAAAGAAAAAGGAAGAAAAUACGAAUGUAAAAUCAUUAAAAAACUAGAGGAAUCAGGAAUACAAGUAAUUGCCACAAAGGAACAAGUAGAAGGAACAAAUAUAGGAGAUAAAGGAAUAGAUUUUAUGAUACAGUCAACAAAUGGAAUGAUAUUAGGACAGAUAAAAGAUUGGAACAAAAAAGUAGGAGCAGAAAAAGUAAAAGAAUUUAUAACAACAGUAUCAAAGGCACCUAAUAAUAAAGGAAUAAUUAUAUCAAGUUCAGGAUUUACAAAAUCCGCAUACGAAGAAAUAAAAGAUAUAGAAAACAUCAUAUUAGCAGAAGAAGGAGAAAUCAUUGAAAAAAUACAGGAAAUAUCGACAAUAAAAAUAGUACAACGGAAAAAGAGUAGAGAAAUAAAUAUAGAAAAAGCAGAUGAAAUGAUUAUAUCAAACGAACUAAGAAUAACGAAACCAGAAAAUAUAAUGAUAAUUGAAGAAAACCAACUUCUCCAAUUAGAAGAAAGAAAAACAGGAAGAAAAAUUAAAAGAAAGAAAAAACGUGACAACUUAUUUGAACUAUAUAGCUCAGAAGAAGAUAAUGAAAUACUAGAAUUACCAUUAAAAACUAAUAAUAGAUACCAUGUAAAAAUAAUUAUUAAAGGAAGAGAAUUUAUAGGAUUAGUAGAUUCAGGAGCAGCAAAAAAUGCAAUAAGAUACCAACUAGCAAAAGAACUAGGACUAGAAAUAAAACCAACAGAAAAAAGAUUUGGAACAGCAGGAACCCCGGCUAAAGUAAAAGGAAAAUCAGAAAAUCGAAUUAAAGUAGGAGAAGAAGAAAGAGAAAGCAAAGAAAUGCUAUAUGUAAUUGACAGUUCAGGAAUGACAGAAAUUAUAUUAGGAAGGACAUGGCUAGAAGAUCUAGGAGAUCAUAUAAUAGUAGAUACAUAUGGAACAAUAAAUAGAAGAGACGGAAAUAGAAUAGGAAAAACAAUUAUUACACUAUAUAAUUCAUCAAUGAAGACUAAAGCAGAAAAUAUAAACGAAAUACAGGAAAUCCAUAAGGAAGAAAAACAGGAUAUAUAUGAAAUUACCGAAGAAGAAUGCAUAGAAGCACUAACAGACUAUUUUACACCACAAGGAUUGAUGAAAAUAGCAGGAAAAGAAAUCAUAGGAUUUAUGCUAAGAACUAUAGAUCAGAAAUUUGACAUAUCAAAAGGAAUAACUGAGAAAACAGCGCGAUAUAUUAGAAAAUACUUAGUAGGAACAGUAAAACAAUUUAUUUCAACACAACUAAAAGAAUAUAUGGUAGAUUAUAUGCUAAAUAUAAUAGAAAAAGUAGUAGUACCAGAUUCUUUAAUAGAAAGACAAGUUGAUAAAUUAUUAACAUAUGUACUAAAAAAGACAAAUUUAAUAACAAGAAAUAUAUUCUAUUUUGCCGAAAUGGAAAAAGAAGAGGAAAUUUACGAAAAAAUUGAGGAGAUAUUUGAAGAAGAAAAUGAAUUAGAGCCAGGAUACGAAUAUGAUAUCGACAUAUAUGAAUGGAUGGAUCCAGAAAAAAAAGAAUUUGACAAAGAAAACACAGAAGAAUAUGCAGAAAUGUUUGAAGAAAAUUUAGAAAAACUAGAAGAAUUAAAGAUAUUCGAAUGCGAAGAUAGUAUAGAAAUAUUUAAUUGGGCAAACCCAUGGAGAAAUAAGAAUGAAGUAGCACCAGGAGUAGAUACAAAGAAUUUGACGUUCAAGAAAAGGAGUGAGAUAGAAACACAGAAAAAUUGGAAUAGAAAUAAUGAGAUAAGAUUCGGAAAUAAUCAGAGUAAUUACAGAAGACCAGAAUUUAUAAGAGGAACUAUAGUAUCUCAACCAGGAAAAUCACCGAUAAUGACGAGAGAGGUAAUUGGAGAAAGAGAACAAAACGUACCAGCAUAUACACCAGAACCCAAAGAAGGUGAAAAAAGAGAAGAAUAUACACCAGUAGAUACACCAACAGAAACUCCAAAUACGACGGAUAACGAAGGAAGAGAGACAAGGAGAAUAUACAACAAAAAUGCCAAUAGAAACAAAUUUUCGAAAAGAAAAUUUUCCAGAAAAGGCAAGAAGGAUAGGAUCAAAGAAAAGGGUAUAAAUUAUACAAAUAAGAAAGACUCAGGAUACGACACUCUAUCAGGAUACAAAGAAACAGCUAGAAUAAACCCAUUUAGAAGUAAACAGCAAGGAUCAGGAAGAGCUAUAUCGGCAACAAGACCAACGACAGCUACAGUUACAACAGCAGGAAGAAAUAAUACAGGAGGAAGAAUUACACUUAUAUCAAGAUUAUAUCAAUCUGGAGAAAGAGGAAAUUCAUUCACAGCAAUAGGAAAAGUUGGCAACACCGAAAUAAAAAUAAUAUUUAAUAUGGAAAGAGAAUACGACAUAAUAUCAAAUGCCACGUUAGCACAAAGAAUUGGUGGAGGAAAUCACAAUCUAAGAACGGAAGACCAAGCAUUGGUAACGUCAGGAUUACCAGAAGAAUUAUCAAGUAAUAGAAGAAUUACACAGAAAAAGUCAGACGAUUCAGUGUGCAUAGAAUUCGAAUAUUUUAUAAUAUUAUGUAAGAAAAUAUUCAUAAACAGUAGUACAACAAAUAGCAACUAUAUAAGUAUAGGACUAAAAACUAUCAAACAGAAUGGAAUAGAAUUUAACUUUAACAAAAAUCAGUUUAGUAUACCAAACCCAGAAUAUGAGCCAAACCAACAAAAACCAAGAUUAUAUGCCAGCAACAUAUAUGAAAGAUCAGACUAUGGAAGAAGACCACUGCAACUAUCAGAAUUACAAGAUUCGGAUGAUGACUCGGAUUAUUCUGAGGAAAUAGAAAUGUUAAAUGAAGAAUCAGAUAACGAAAUUGAAGAAUUUAACUCAACAUGGCUAAUGAAAGAAUACAACUAUCAAGUUAGAAGAGUGAACUUUAAUAGUAAAGAAAAACUAAAUAUACCUUAUUAUGGGAUAAUAGAAGGAGAAUUAUCAAGUGAAAGAAUAAGAAAAGCUCGAUCAAAAGAAUUAUUAAAAACCCAUUACUGGAAGGAAGAAUACCCUAAAAAAACAAUAGAAAGAAUUACCAAAUAUUAUAAGAUAGGAAAUAAAGAGGAAGAAGAAAUAUGUGAAAAAUACAACACAAAUAACAACGAAGAAUUUAACACAAAAAUAUAUUCAUUUACAAAAGAAGACUUAAAAUUACAAGAAGAAUUUGAAGAAGGAAUAGAAAGGCAAUUAUUCAAAGAAAUAUAUUUUAUGAAAGGAAAAACGAGAGAAGAAAAGAAAUACGAAAAAUAUAUAGGAACAUUCAAAGAAAACGGAAUAAGAAUAGUACUUUAUGAAAUAGAAGACGAAAAAUAUACAAAAAAGAAAGGAUACAAGCCAAAAUGGUACAAGGAAGAGAAGGAAAAACACGAAGAACAAUCUAUAUGGAAAAAUACCAUUAAGAAUGUAGACAAUGAAAUAAUUGAAAUAAUAAACCAAGAAGAAGAAAUGAAUGAAAAAAUUGCAGAUUAUGACUAUAAUGAAACGGAUGAGGAAAUGUUCAUGCUAGAAGAAAUUUCACAGACAGACGAAAAGUUAGAGAGAAUGGAAAAUGAGGAAAAACACAAAGGAAGAAGCUUUGUAAUAAUCAUUUUAUGGGAUGACGAAGGAACAUGGAUUUCAAGAAGAGAAAACAUGAACAAAGUAUAUUACGGAUUAUAUCAAUACCCUGGAGGAGGAAAAGAAGACGGUGAAUCCUUCAAAGAAGCAGCGAUAAGAGAAUUGGAAGAAGAAACGGGAAUAGAAAGAAAUAUCGAAGAUCUGGAAUACGUGACAACACAUAAAUGGAAAAACAACGGACAAGAAUGUAAAACCAAAGUAUAUUUAGUAAGAUUAUUUAGAAUAAUAGGAGAAAGACCAGAAGUAAGAGAACCAAACAAUAUAAAAGAAUGGAUAAAAAUAGAUUAUAAGGAUCUGAGACACUACAAAAUGACACCUACUAUAGAAUAUGAUAAAGAAAAAAUCAUAAAAAGUCUCGAAAAAGAGAUCUAA